AUGAAUGCAAGGCAACUAUAUUGUUGUUCGAAGGUUAGAGUUACUUAAAAUAUAAAAAUAUUUAACGCAGAGAUAGUAGAUAGCACAAGGAAUUUGUCCCCUUUGGAUAUCGUGCGAGCAUGUUGAGUAUUGGAACAAUAAUAGCAAUAAGCUUAGGCUUUGGGGUAUGUUGGUGUUGUGAUAAUGAUGUGCAGAGGUUUGCACAUCCUUCGAAACAUGAAGAUGGGUCUGUAAGGUUCUUGGUGGUGGGUGACUGGGGAAGAGGAGGUGCUUACAACCAAUCUCAAGUUGCUUUCCAGAUGGGAAAGGCCGCAGACAAGCUUGAGAUUGACUUUGUUGUGUCCACCGGCGACAAUUUCUACGACGAUGGACUCACCAGCCACCACGACCCUGCCUUCCAACAAUCUUUCACUAAUAUCUACACAGCAAAGAGUCUUCAAACGCAAUGGUAUACCGUGCUGGGAAACCAUGACUAUAGGGGCGAUGCAAUGGCCCAGUUGAGCCCAUUCCUGAGGGAGGUCGAUAGUAGAUGGCUUUGUUUAAGGUCUUUUAUCGUACAUUCAGAGUUAGUUGAGAUUUUCUUUGUAGACACCACUCCAUUCGUUCAAGAGUACUUCACUGAACCCGAGGGACACACCUAUGAUUGGCGGGGCAUUAAUCCACCAAAAUCUUAUAUUUCCAACUUGCUCAAGGAUCUAGAACAGGCAUUAAGCAUAUCAACAGCAAAAUGGAAAAUUGUUGUUGGUCAUCACGCAAUCAGUAGUGUUGGACAUCACGGUGAUACUCCAGAACUUAGAAAGCAGCUUCUCCCACUUCUUCAGGCAAAUGACGUUGACUUUUACAUGAAUGGACAUGAUCAUUGUCUAGAACACAUAAGUGAUACAGAAAGCCCUAUCCAAUUCCUAACUAGCGGGGCAGGAUCAAAGGCUUGGAGAGGAGACGUCAAAGAAACACACAAAAGAGGCGUAAAUUUCUUCUAUGACGGACAAGGCUUCAUGUCUGUUAAAUUGACUCAGACAGAUGCUGACAUUGAGUUCUAUGAUGUUUAUGGCAAGAUUUUGCACAGAUUUACUUCGUCAAAGGAUUUAUAUUCUUCCAUGUAACGUUUAUAGCUCCAUGGUAGCCAUUUAGAAUUUUAGAUGGGCAACACCCCGGCAAAUUAGUAGGUGAUAUUUUAGGAUUCAGUUCUUCAUGUCAUAUCUGAUGAACGUUUAGUGUGUUUAAUCUUGGGAUUGAAAAGAUUUGCUACUGUAAAGGCUUUGAAGCUAGCGUCUUUUAUACGUCUAAAUUUUUGUUUCUUUUCACUGAUAGUCAAGAAUGCAAGAUAUUUCAUCACGGAACAACCAACGUUAUAUGUUGCUUCAAAGUCUUGGAAAUCGAGUUGCUCUCUCCAACAUCCAAGAAUAAGAGAAAUUUUUUUUUUUUUUUUUUGUAGAAGAAAAUAAAACAUUUAUUUUAUCGUAUUAGGAUUGGAGAGUCAAUUAUUCAAUAUUUUCUGGAUAUGUGAUGUAUACAAGCUAUUGGGUUUUUUACAUUUUUAAAAAAUAGAUAAAAAUUAGUUAUCCCAAAGCUGGCUUAAUGAGUUUUGAGCAAACCACAAAAACACUUGCGAUUUGUAGUUAAUUUAAAUCAAAAGUAAAACACGUGUCUUUGCUUUGAUUUAUGUUUUAAAAACCAAAACAUACUGCUGCAACAGGGCAGAUGUUAAUAUUUUUGAAUUGGAACUCUCAGAUGAUAAUUUUUAUUUUAGAAAGGUGAAAAACCCUAAGCUUUACUACUACUAAUUAAGAAUCCGUUGAUGGUGUCCAAUAUUUCUAACACAACUACUACCCUAGUACAAGGGAUUCUAUGCCCAAGUUUUGAGAGCAAUCGAUUUGUAGGCAAAAAGCCAUAUCCAAAUCAAGGGGUUCCAAU